CUGACAUUGUUCUGAGAUUCUGAUGCUGUUUGUCGCCAGUCUUUUCUCCACUUUGGUUGCCAUAUUUCUGCUGGUGCCAGUAACGAACUGGAGUCUGUCAAAAAGAACUGGAAGGGGCUGGAGAUAACAUCGCUGCAAGGGUCCACCCUUUUACCGCAGCAGAAAACAGAGAGGGGAAAUAGUUGACUCUGCUGGGAAAGUUUUGUUUGGAGUGUUGGAGUGGAGAAAAUAACUUCAAAUAUGUCACAAACAUCUGCAGCAAUUAAGAUGGAUUCAUCCUUCCGGGCAAAACUGUUUGAUUUCCAUGGAGUCUCAAUGACCCGCUAUUUCACAGACAACUGGGACGAUGUUCAAAACUUUCAGGCCAGGCCGGAUGACAUCCUUAUUGCGACAUAUCCCAAAGCAGGAACCACAUGGGUCUCCUGCAUCCUAGAUCUCCUUCAUUUUGGUCAAGCUUCUCCAGAGCGGCAGACAUCCAUCUCAAUCUAUGACAGAGUGCCUUUUUUGGAGAUGGCAGUCCCGUCUGUUCCAAAAGGUACAGAACUGGCAGACAAGCUUGUCACUUCGCCUCGACUCAUCAAAACUCAUUUUCCAGUCCAGUUUGUGCCAAAAUCCUUUUGGGAGCAAAACUGCAGGAUUGUUUAUUUGGCUCGUAACGCUAAAGACAGUGUGGUGUCAUAUUUCCACUUUGAUCGCAUGAACAUGGCAGAGCCCGAACCCGGAGAUUGGAGCAUCUUCCUUCAGAGAUUUAUGCAAGGAAAGAGUAGGUGCAUUAAGAAUUACAAUGAUACAUCACCUCCACAGUCUUCAUAUGCAUUUUCUGUGGUUCCAGUGGUGUUUGGAUCUUGGUAUGAUCAUGUGAACGGCUGGUGGAAGAAGAAGCACACUUAUUCAAAGCUCCAUUACAUGUUCUAUGAAGAUCUGACCGAGGACACUGGACGUGAAAUGGACAAACUCUGCAGCUUUGUUGGUUUGUCUCCUUCGGAUGAGCAGAAGAAAAGCAUCGCUGGCAUGGUGCAAUUUGAUAAUAUGAAAAAGAACAACAUGGCCAACCACUCAUCAAUUUCAGUGAUGGAUUUCAAAAUUUCACACUUCAUGCGAAAAGGAAAAGUUGGUGACUGGAAGAACCACUUCACUGUGGCUCAGAAUGAACACUUUGACGAAGACUACAAGAGAAAAAUGACAGAUCCCACACUUAAGUUUCGUACUGAAAUUGAUAUUGCUUCUUUUUAAACAGUAUUUGAAGGUGACUUAAGAUUCGUUGAGAAAAAAGUUACUGAAGAAUGUCUCUUGUCUGUACUAAUCAGGGCCGUUUCUUGCUGUAUAGGCCAGGGGUUGGCAUUCUUUAGCAUCCAAAGAGCCAUUUUGCCUUCCAGUAAUAAAUUGUCAUCAAUAACCAUUAUAUUUGUCCUAUCCGUGCCUGUCUUUGCAGAGAGAGGCAUUCUUUCAUUUUCUAAAUCAUUUCUUGUUUAUGUUUUAACUGGGAGAAUAGAUGCUGUCAUGAUUUUAGGAACGAUUCUUUCAUGCAUUCUCCAUCUGUAAACGGCUUCCCCGUCCUUCCGAUCUGAUGUGUAGCCUGGUGUUGCACUUUCCAAACGACUUUCCAAAAAACAUAAACAGCCUAUUUCAGUUUAAUUGUUGUUUUCAAUAAAU